AUUGUAACCUAGAAACCUAGAAGGGUACGUGUACAUAGUAGUGAGUGGGGUUAAUCGGAAUGAACCAGGCCUAUCAGUACCCUUGAUUACCUAGGUUGGUUGUCAAUCGCCCAAUUAUCAAAAGAUCUCACCUCUCAUCUGAACCUUCGCCCUUAAGGCUUGAAUUUCCAUACUUGGCACUAUAACCUUACGUCAACGCCAUCUCAAUCCACGUUAUCAAGUGUCAACUUUAUAGAGUUAAGGUCGAUCGCCUAAUGCAUCUUCACAAAUCUACCCGAGAUAAUACAAUAUAGUGAAAUGCGUUUUACCAACGUCAUUCACCAAGUUGUUAGUCAAGUGGUGGAGGAUUCAAACAUAUAACAAGCUUACAAUAAGUUGCUAUUUGCCGUAUAGCUUCUAGGCUUCCCCAUUUUCUUAGGUACAACGUCUUACUAUUCUAAUAUGUCGCACCUUACCAUUGUCCUAGCUUUUACAGGACUGGGAAUGUUAGCUGGCCUCAUCGUGGUUCUAACGAUGCUUCCUUCACGCUACGUAAAGCAUUCUCCGGCCUCUAAGGAAUCAGUCUCCGUCCAAGUCUUAGUCCUCGGCGAUAUUGGGCGAAGCCCCCGUAUGCAGUACCAUGCGCUAAGUGUUGCAAGACAUGGCGGAAGGGUUGAUCUUAUUGGCUAUCUCGAAUCACCACCUCAUCCCGAUAUUCUUGCCAGCCCAAGGAUUAAGAUCUAUCCAUUGGCAUCGCCGCCAGGUGUAUUGAAAUCCGGCUCAAUUCCAUUCAUAAUCUCUGGGCCAUCGAAAGUGCUAUGGCAAAUUUGGACCCUUAUUUAUGUUUUGGGCUACCAAACACCUCCCGCAAGAUGGCUAUUAGUCCAAAAUCCCCCAUCUAUCCCAACCUUAGCUAUUGCUCUCAUCAUAUCCGUCCUGCGUAACACCCAUCUCAUGAUUGAUUGGCAUAAUUAUGGCUGGACGAUCCUUGCUGGAACAAAGGGGCGAGAUCACCCUUUCGUGGGACUCUCGAAAGCAUACGAGUGCGCGUUAGGUCAGGCAGCGCCAACUGCCAACAUCACCGUUACCCAUGCGAUGAAGCGACAACUCGAACGAGAGCCUUAUAAUAUCAAGGCACCGAUUCUCACCCUUCACGAUCGGCCAGCUACUAUAUUUCAACCGCUCAAGUCAUUACCGGACCGCAGAGAUUUUCUCGAAAAAUUACCCCAGACGAAAGAUUUUGCUUCCAACAUUGUAGCAGGACAGACCAAACUCAUAGUUAGUAGCACAUCCUGGACGCCCGAUGAAGAUUUCUCGCUCCUGCUCGACGCAUUGGUUACCUAUGCCAAAGAAGAAAGUGUUUAUCCAAUUAUUGCAAUUAUUACCGGGCGUGGACCCCAGAAGACAUUUUACGAGGAGCGUAUCAAGGACCUACAGAGCGAGGGAAAGCUUCCCAACAUCCGUAUUUUAACGGCAUGGCUUACGAUAGAAGACUACGCCAAACUUCUAAGCUACGCAGACCUUGGUAUAUGCCUUCACAUGUCUAGCUCGGGUGUUGAUCUACCUAUGAAGGUGGUGGAUAUGUUUGGAUCCGGCUUACCAGUAGCUGCUUAUUCAGGAUACGAGAGCUUUGACGAGCUGGUCAAAGAAGGGGUAAAUGGAUGUGGAUUUGAGAUGGCAGAUGAACUAGCUGUCAUCUUAAAGCGGUUAUUCAGCGAAGAGGGAUCGGCCGAGCUCCGCACUUUACGUAAGGGGGCUGAGAAGGAGAGUGAAUUACGAUGGGAUGAAGAAUGGGAUCGAGUUCUAGGCCGAGUCCUAGGAGUCAUAGAUUGAAGAGGUAGUUAUCCUCGGAAUUGAAUCGCUGAUUAAAUUGAAUAAUGGUCAACGAACUGAAUACCUAACCUCUAAACGCCUCCCCAUAUGCUCAGAAAACAAUUAUGCUGACAUCGAAAUGAACG